AUGUCGAUUGGUUUCUUCCAUCCUUACUGUAAUGCAGGGGGAGGAGGAGAAAGGGUUCUUUGGAGAGCUGUCAGAAAUCGGCAAGAUAANGUAGAGACAAGGUAUCCUGCAGUUAAUAUUGUUGUGUAUACUGGAGAUACUGAAGCAGCUCCAGAUCAGAUCCUUGCUAAAGCAAGAGAUAGGUUUGAUAUAACUAUAAGCAGUAAGAAGUUAAAGUUUGUCUACUUACAUAAACGUAAAUAUGUUGAAGCUGCCCUUUAUCCUUACUUUACUAUGCUUGGACAGAGUAUAGGAUCCAUAGUGUUAGGAAUCGAAGCUUUACUGAAUACUCCUCCUGAUAUAUUUAUUGAUACUAUGGGAUAUGCAUUCACUCUUCCACUCUUUAAGUAUAUAUGUGGAAGCAAAGUAGGUUGCUACGUUCAUUAUCCAACUAUAUCCACUGACAUGCUUCAUGCUGUUCAAUCCAGAAGAUCAGCAUAUAACAACAGAAGAGCUUCUAGAUCUCCUAUUGCAACUUUUUUAAAGCUCAGAUAUUACCGGUUAUUUGCGUGGCUGUACGGUAAAUGUGGCAGUUCUGCGGAUGUAGUCAUGGUAAAUUCAAGUUGGACGGAAGAGCAUAUAAAUAGUCUGUGGAAUACAAAAUCAGUAGCUCAUAAAGUUUUUCCACCCUGUGAGGUUUCACAUCUAGCAAAGAUACCUCCAACCCGUGGUUCAGCGGAGAUCAAGAAGAUCAUAUCAUUGGGACAGUUUAGACCAGAGAAGGAUCAUCCACUGCAGAUCAAGGAAACUUUCUAUUUAUGGGAUGAUUAUAAACAUCAGCAGCACCGUGUUAAGCUUGUGAUAAUUGGAGGAUGCAGAGGGAAAGAGGAUGAGAAGUUAGUUAAGGACUUGAAAGAUCUCUGUAAAUAUCUAUCUGUAGAAAAUAAUGUUGAGUUUCAUGUAAACCUUGGUUACCCUGAGCUGCUGAGAGAGUUGGGGGACGGGUUAAUCGGUAUUCACACGAUGUGGAAUGAGCACUUUGGUAUAGGGAUCGUGGAGAUGAUGGCGGCAGGACUUCUCACAAUCGCACACAGAUCUGGUGGUCCCCUGAUGGAUAUUAUCAUUGAGGAGUCUGGUGCUAGAAACGGGUUCCUGGCUGCAACCCCUCAGGAAUAUGCAGCACACAUAGCAUAUAUAAUUAGUAUGACCGAUGAGGGAAGAGAGGGUGUACGGGAGAGGGCUAAGUCCUCGGUUAACAUGUUCAGCAGUCAAAAGUUUGAUUCUGGUUGGAUUCACGCAACCGAUUCACUCUUCCCUAAAUAGAAAUGAGAAUACUCAUUUCUCCUGAGGCAGAAUUUAUAGAAUUUGAAUGCGUUGCUGAACCGCUAAUAACAGGCUCCAAUCUCUAAUCACAUAUUAAAAUUUCCAGCUGAACCAACCAUGCUUGAACCGCGUCUAGACGCAGUUCAAAUUCAUUAAGUUCGGCCUCAGAAUGUUCUAAUACUUGAACGUAUCAUCACAGCUCCAUAAUGUGCCUUAUGUUUUAUUUGUUUUUAUUUUACCCUUUGCACCACCUCCGUCUCUAUCUUGUUCAUUGUUGAAACUGGUUAAAUUUUUUCUUACCCUUACUGUAUUAUUUGAUCACUUGUGAGAUCUUUAAAGGUUAAGGCUCUCUUUUUGAUUUUAUUUUUUUGGCUGUGAAUGGUUUAACGAUUUUGGUUUACCAGCUAAAAGUGUCACCUGUUUUGAACAUAUAUCAAGGGCUUGCUAAUCUAGAUAAAAUUGUGCUUGGCCUUUGCGUUAAGUAGACCAGAGACAAAAAAGUUACUAAGAAAUCAUUUCACUUCCCUUCCUCAGUCAUGGGGUCUUGGAACUUAUUUUUCGUAAUGUUUAGGAAAAAAUAACGUUCUUUUAGACAAAAAUAACGAAUGUAACCAUUGAAAAAAAAACUAUUCCUAAUUUUUUUUACAUUUAUACAUUAAAGGACACCCUUGUUAGUCAACCAUGUCUGUCAGCAUACCCCUGUAAAUCUGUAAACCUGUACCUUUGUGUGUCACUGUUUCUGUUUUUCAGAAA